AUGGACAAAGCCUCCCACCUCAGUGUCAUCCUCGACCUGUCUCCAUCUCAGUGGUUUUUCUCUGCCCAGCUUUCACCCGUCAAUCCUCACCCUCUCACCCUAAAAUCCUUUAUCUCCCAACUCCUCGUUUUCCUCAACUCCCAUAUCGCAUGUAAGGAUGAGAAUACCCUCGCCGUCUUUGGCGCACUCCCCGGUCGCAGUGUGAUGCUCUACGCGUCCGCGAACCCCGUCGCUGAAGAGCAUGUCGAGGUCGCAGACGCGAACACGUUCCGUCCUUUCAAGAUCCUCGACUCGACUGUCGUCCAGUCCAUCCUGGACCAGCUUGAUGCCCUCGGAGACCCGGAGGAAGAAGCACCUAUAGGUCUUGUUGGGGCGUUGACCAAGUCCCUUUGCUACAUCAACCGCAUAACUUCCCCGUCUUCCUCAUCCCCAGCGCGAACAGAUGAACAAGCCCCUGUCGACCCGCGCAUCCUCGUCCUCUCCGUCUCCCCCGACCAAUCCUCGUCGUACAUCCCCAUCAUGAACUCCAUCUUCUCCGCGCAGAAGCUUAGAGUAACGAUCGACGUCUGCACGAUAUACGGGCCGGACAGUGUAUUCCUGCAGCAGGCGGCGCACCUCACAGGCGGCUCGUACAUGCGCCUCGACCGUCCCGACGCGCUCCUGCAGUACCUCAUCAUGUCCUUCCUACCGCCGCCGGCCACCCGUCAGCUGCUGUCGGUCCCGACGCAGGAUAAGAUCGACUUCCGUGCGGCAUGCUUCUGCCAUAAGAGGAUCAUCGACAUCGGUUUCGUGUGCUCCGUGUGUCUGUCGAUAUUCUGCCAGCCGGUACCCGUUUGCUCGACCUGUCGAACGAAAUUCCCCAUCAAGACCCUUCAGCGACUGAAUGCUUCCCGCCCCACCGCCAUCCCCUCGCCCCCGCGGAAUACGUCUGCACCUGCACAAUCUCUCCCACCUAACACGCUCGGCUCCUCCCAUUUGAUAGGCCAGAAUGGGGCGGCGCGCACCUAG